UCUUUCGAAGCCUGGCUCGCGGCUAGAGAAGGAAGUCUCGAAUCAAUAAUCAGCCCUUCUCUUUCUAUCUCCAGAAACCCCCCUUUCUAUCUCUCUCUCUCUAAAAAAGCAAAAGCCCCCUUAGCGUAAAUCUUCCCCUUCCAUGGCGAACAGCAAUCUACCUCGAAGAAUUAUCAAGGAAACUCAGCGCUUACUUAGCGAACCAGCUCCGGGGAUAAGCGCAUCGCCAUCGGAAGAUAACAUGAGGUAUUUCAAUGUCAUGAUCCUUGGUCCAACACAGUCUCCUUAUGAAGGAGGAGUUUUCAAGUUGGAGUUAUUUUUGCCAGAAGAAUAUCCAAUGGCUGCUCCCAAGGUUCGAUUUCUUACAAAAAUUUACCACCCCAACAUUGACAAGCUUGGUAGGAUUUGUCUUGAUAUCCUUAAAGACAAAUGGAGUCCUGCUCUUCAGAUUCGCACUGUACUCCUUAGCAUUCAAGCACUUCUAAGUGCUCCAAAUCCAGAUGAUCCACUCUCUGAGAACAUAGCAAAACACUGGAAAUCCAAUGAAGCUGAAGCUGUUGAAACAGCAAAGGAGUGGACCCGAUUGUAUGCUAGUGGUGCCUAAUGGAGAUGUGGGUCCCGCAAAGAAAUAACAAUGUACUUUGAUUAGGUCUUGAAAUUUGAAAAUUGAGAACUUGAAUAUGAUUCUGCUCUGUUAGUCCCUAAACUAUCAAUGUUGUUCACUUCCUACCAUCAUAUCUUUGUGUUCUAUCGAGUAUAUGAGAUAAUUUACUCU